AUGGUACAAUAUACAGAAUUACGACAAUUUAGAACUGUGGAAUUAUCAUGUAAUGGAUUAUUAUUUCAUCAUGCAAGACCUCAAGAUUUUGUAAAAUCUCAAUGGAUGUGUUUUACACCGAAAUGUUUCACAAUAUAUCGUGUAUCUCUGGCAAUUCUUUUGUUAGUAUGGAUUAUAUACGAUAUUGUUAUAGAAACAAUGAGACAUUUAGAUCAUUCUGAAUAUAGUUGGAUCACAUAUGGUACAAAUUGGGCAUUUCUGAUACUUACCAUAGUUCAUAUAUCACUAGCUAUCUACUGCUUGAUUUACAACAUAAAAUAUUCUAACAAUGAACCAAGAUAUUAUCAACCGAUAUGGUUUCUGUAUAAUUUAUCAUCAACAUGUAUACUUGUGGUUUCUAUCAUAUUUUGGUUUUCAUUGUCGACCAUUCCAUUGAAUGUAUUCGCAAGUUGGCAGAGUCGAGUUAAACAUUCAUUGACUUCAGUCUUGGUUGUAAUUGACACAUGCCUUUGUGCUAUUCCGAUGCGAAUGAUACAUGUCAUUUAUCCUUGCCUACUCGGUGUGAUAUAUAGUUUAUUCACAUAUUUGUUUUGGUUACUCGGUGGUGCAGGUCCUUAUAAUAAAGGACAAAUUUAUCCUUCCAUUGAUUGGAGUAAACCACAAUCAACAAUACUAGCCUGCUUUAGUGCUCUGAUGUCUGUUAUUUUAUGUCAUGCCACACUUUAUAUAAUCUAUUUCAUACGAGUGAAUAUAAGCGCUAAAUUAGGUGGUCGAGGUUUCAUGCUCGUUAAAGAAUCGAAGGAGCAACAGUGUUAUGACAAUGAUGAAUUUGAUUUGAGCGAAGAGAUCAGUGAGGAUGGCAAGCAAACUUUCCAGAUAAGGAAGAUAGAAAAUCCACAAACAAUGUAUCAAAAAUAUGGUACAAUUGAAUAG